AGUCACCAUUUGACUUAGAAUAUACUUCAUCGUUUAAAAAACUGUUCAUUGGCACAGCUUGCUCUCGCAUAUCGAAUCAACUAAGAGAUAUAAACCUUGUAUGCCGGUUAUUUAGGUAUAUUGCUGCAUAAGGAAGUUGAAAGUUACAGUCAUCACGUUUACCAUAUAGCUUGGUUGUUAGAUUACCAUUAACGUAUAUUUCAAGUAAACUAUCCAAAUAAGAAACAGAUUGUUGGACUCUGUGGUAUCUCUUAUUUCAAGGUCACAGGAUAUGUUGAGUCGAGGGUUUGGCGCAUCAGCGAGAUGUCCCAAUCACUGGAUACGAUAUUCAAACAGCUGCUAUCUGUUCGUCACUCGUUAUCAUUUGGAAUGGAUUGAUGCAAUGACAUUUUGCAAGGCCUACGGAGCAAUAUUGGCAGAGGCAAAAUCGUCAUCAGUAAACAACUUUCUUAAACAUGAAGCUAGACGCCUUACACAUAAUUCAGGAGUUUUUUGGAUUGGAGGUACAGAUAUCUUUAUUGAAAGAGCAUGGAAGUGGAUGGGCAGUAACACUAGGUUUUAUUAUUCUAACUGGUGGCGUGGAGAACCCAAUAAUUAUUCCGGGGGUGAGCACUGCGUGCAAUUACACAGUUCCUAUAAUUAUGCUUGGAAUGAUGCCACAUGUCAAGACAGAAAUAAGUUUAUUUGUCAAAAAAAUACGUAAGAUACAGUUUCAAAAUAUCCAGUUUAGAUAUGGUAAAGAAACAACAUGACUAAUUUAUAUUAUUGCAAAAUUAAAACAUAUGGAACAAAGGUAAAUCAAUCCAUUGAUUAUUUCGUUUUGUUUUUGCACAUUUCUAUAUAUGAAAAUUAUGUAAAUAUAUUUUUCAUGUUUUAAUGAAGAGUUUACAAUUUAUUCUGUAAUUGUUGGUGCUGGGGAGUCGGACAGAUGAACAUGUGGGACCUCCACCCCCAGCCAGCAGACUCUUUCCAUGUGUUCAUAACUAUCUUUAUUUUAUUGAUACUGGUGCCUUAAAGUUAUUCAAUAAAGAAUUAAAGUAUCAAUUUGUCAAACAUGUAGAUACUGCCUGUAUAUUGCCCGCUCUUUGAAUUUAUUUAAUAA